GUACGGAAGGACAGUGAAUGUUGUUUAAUCAACCUCGACGGCUCACCUCUUUGAUUGCCACCUCAGCUCUUACUCUCCCUGGAAUCUGGCCGAAAUGUCCGUCUUAUCCAUCAUUCGUUAUCUCCCAGCCUUCGCAUUGCUUCUCUCUGCAACCGUGGCCCAGAUCCCCCCCGACUUGCCAAUUGACGGACCGACCAGGCAAUAUCUCGAAACUCUCCCUCCGGACAAGCUUGCAGCUAUCCUGAAGAUCUACGAGCAGGCCAUUGCAGGACAGAUACCAGCGCCGCCUGAGUUGAUUGAGCAACAAGAACUUUAUUGGAGCUACGAAAGGAGUCCGCCUGUAUAUCCCACGCCCCGAGGUGAAGGUCUUGGGGACUGGUCCGACGCCUACAACGAGGCAGAAGCUAUUGUCAAACAGAUGACCCUUGACGAAAAAGUAUCUGUUGUGUCAGGACAAACAUCAGUCACUAAUGGAUGUGCUGGAAUGAUCCCUGGUGUCCCGCGCCUUGGAUUUCCUGGUAUUUGCGUCCAAGAUGGCCCGAACGGUCUUCACGGGGUCGAAGCAGUGAAUGGUUACGCAUCUGCAAUCACCGUUGGUGCGGCUUGGAACAAAGAGCUUGCUCAUGCACGUGGUGUCGCUAUGGGCCUGGAGGCCAAAGCGAAGGGAGUCAACAACUUGAUAGGGCCAACAAUGGGACCUCUUGGCCGCACAGUUCUGGGAGGCAGAAACUGGGAAUCUUUCUCAGUUGAUCCGUAUCUUUGUGGAGUCAUGGGCGCCCAAACAAUCCUCGGUCAACAAGAGAACGUCAUCGCAACUGCAAAACACUUCAUUGUCAAUGAACAGGAAACCAACCGGCAGCCGAGCAUGUUCGGCUUUGGCAACGCCUCCGUCUCUGUGACUGUAGAUGACAAGACCAUGCACGAACUAUACUUAUGGCCCUUUCAGGAUGCAGUCAAGGCAGGUGUCGGGUCCGUCAUGUGCUCGUACAACCGGAUCAACGGCUCCCACGGAUGCCAAAACAGUUACACUCAAAACGGACUGCUCAAGAAGGAGCUUAACUUCCAGGGCUAUGUGAUCACUGAUAGCGGAGCAUUGCAUAGUGGCAUCGCCAGCGUCAAUGCCGGUGCGGACGUUACCACCCCUUACAACCAGGUUUGGGGAAAGAAUCUCACUGCGGCGAUUGCGAACAACACAAUGAGCAUGGACAGGCUCGAUGACAUGGUUACACGUUGGCUCAAGUUGGCGCGAUUUGAACCUGGCACUGGAAUGCCUAUUGACGUAUCAUCGCCACACAAGGUAGUGAGCUCUAUUACCCAGGAGCAAAGAGCGACGGUGUUCCAAGGAGCUGUCGAAGGCAUUGUGUUGGUGAAGAAUGUCAACGAAACUCUUCCUCUGCGUAAACCAGCAGUUCUAUCUCUGUUCGGUUACGACGCACAAGCUCCAGCCAAGAAUACCCCAGAGGGCUUCAACUCAAAGCAUGGGCUAGGGUUCCAGAGCGUCAACGUUACCGACGAGGAAAUGCAAGGCCUCUUUAUUGGCUUUGGAGACUUUCCAGCAGCUGCCCGCCUAGGCACUCUUAUCAGCGGCGGCGGAAGCCCGUCUGUUGUCCCAGCCUACAUCGAUUCGCCGCACGAGGCAUUCCAGCAGCGUGCAUUGGAGGAUGGGACCUUUUUGCUUUGGGACUUCGAAUCCCAAGAUCCUGUCUACGCGAAUGCAGGAUCUAAUGCAUGCAUUGUGUUCAUCAACGAGUUCGCUUCGGAAGGCUCGGAUCGUCAGACUUUGGCCGACCCUUGGUCAGACCAGCUGGUCUUGAAUGUUGCCUCCAAGUGUCCAAACACUAUCGUCUCAAUCCACAACUCUGGUACUAGGCUGGUGGACAGAUGGAUUGACCACCCUAAUGUCACCGCCGUUCUCUUCGCCCAUCUCCCUGGUCAGGAUGCUGGUCGUUCAUUGGUUGAGGUUAUGUACGGGAUCCAAGCUCCUUCAGGUCGACUACCUUACACCGUCGCCAAGAACGAAUCUGACUAUGGCGAGUUACUUCAUCCUGUGACCGCCGACAACACGUCUAACUACUAUACGUCGGUCAACUUCACAGAGGGAGUUUAUAUCGACUACCGCCGCUUCGAUGCUCUAAACAUCACCCCCCGAUAUGAGUUCGGUUUCGGCCUAACUUACACCACCUUUGAAUACUCGAGUUUGAAUCUCAGCCUGUCAACCAAUGCAACAACUCUCGGGCCGCUUCCACCACCUUCUGAACCCGCAGAAGGCGGUGCAUCUUCCCUGUGGGACGUCGUUGCUGUUGCAAGUGUGGACGUCAAGAAUAUGGGCAAUGUAUCCGCUCCUGAGGUCCCUCAGCUCUACGUCGGCAUCCCUGGUGCCCCAGAGAAGCAGCUGCGCGGGUUUGAGAAGGUGCCCUUGAAUCCUCUGGAGAGCAAAACGGUUAGCUUCCCGCUCACUCGGAGAGACUUAAGUGUGUGGGACGUGGUACAACAGAAUUGGGUUUUGCAGAAAGGAGACUACAAGGUGUAUGUUGGCGCAAGCAGUCGUGACGUACGCGUCACUGGCGUUUUAUCUGUCUAA